GUGUCGAUUUCUUCAGGUAACAAAAUUAUGAUGGAGGCCGAGCUUCCGGAGGACGUGGAAGAUGACGGCAGCGGAGAAAACCAAACGUUUCUCAAUCAACAGCACCCUGGAAAUGUGCUGUCCCGAUUGCAUGAUCUUCGAGAGCGGGAAGAGCUCUGUGAUGUUACCAUUGUUGUGGAAGGAAGAGCCAUAAAAGCCCACAGAGCAGUUUUGGCCGCAACGAGCCAGUACUUCAAUGCCAUGUUUACAAGAAAGAUGAGUGAACGAAAUCAAGCCAAGGUAGGCAAUCCAAGGAAUUUGCCUCGGUUUAUGCAUGCGCUCUACAAAAACCUAAGGUGUUAAAUAAAGUAUGAAAGUGCAGCGACCAUUGAGCAUGCAUGUAAUCGAUUGUGUAAUAGUUUUUCGUGGGAAACUGUUUUCUUUCCAUGCAAAAUUUCGCCUCCUUAAUUAUUUAAUAAUCAUUAUUUUUUGAAAUUUAUGUUACAGUGCAAAUUUUGAAAGUAAAUCCAAAUAAAUAAGCAUUUCAAUUAAAAUUAAUCCGAUAAAUCUCAUUUGCCAAGCGUGUACAAACACACUUCGUUCACAACCGGCGUAUAUAUCUACACGUUUGCAAAUGUUGUGGUUUAGAUUUAAUUUCUCUUCCGAGUUCUAUUUCUGUUUUCUUUCUUCUCAAAUAAUGUUAAAGGAUCUGGGAUUUAAGAAAAUGAAGAUUAAACUGGUCUGGUUAUUCUAAAAAACGAAAGAAACAACAAGCAGUUCAUGGUUACUUACAUGUAACUACUAUGAAUAAAGCUCAAGCUUUAAAUGUGUCGAGGAGCUGCACUAGACUCAUAACACGUUUAACUCAAGUGCUUAAUAUCUUUUUUUCUGAUCUUUUCCAUCAACUUUGAUUCAUAUCAGUCCAAAAUUUUAAUGUUCAUGAAUUCCCGCUAAAUUUAGAAUUAUCGANAAAAUGAAGAUUAAACUGGUCUGGUUAUUGUAAAAAACGAAAGAAACAACAAGCAGUUCAUGGUUACUUACAUGUAACUACUAUGAAUAAAGCUCAAGCUUUAAAUGUGUCGAGGAGCUGCACUAGACUCAUAACACGUUUAACUCAAGUGCUUAAUAUCUUUUUUUCUGAUCUUUUCCAUCAACUUUGAUUCAUAUCAGUCCAAAAUUUUAAUGUUCAUGAAUUCCCGCUAAAUUUAGAAUUAUCGAUUGUUUCAUGAAUAUACACUGUAACAAAACGUACGUUCCGGGAAGGUUUAACACAAAGAUAUCACCAGUCAAUUCUAUGCGUGGCAACCGAAAAGAAAUAGUUCAUUAUAUAUGUAUGACCUCGGCGUGAGAUGUACCUAGCAACUCGCUGAAGAUAACAAGUUUACAUUUAUCACUCACAGUUUGUUCGAAAUUAUCAAUAUGUUUUAUCUUUCUGAUUAAAAAGAAAAAUACCCUCUAUUGCUUUAAACAUCUGCAUGUUCAAAGCAGGGUUAGGGUAACCCAGGGUUAAUGCAAAGUUUGAAUUCAGCUUUGAAUGUUAAUGAAACAAACUCCCAUAAAUUCUAUAAGCCUACAGUCUGAUGUUUGAAUGCACUUAUUUCCAAUACACUUGUGUCCGAUUGUCCGGGACAGGGAGAAAUUUAGUUCAGACAUGUAAACCUUUGACAUGACAUGUCCCUGGGAUAACAACAUUUUUAAUUAGAAAAAAAAUCUGGAAACAGUUGAAAUUUGACUUCAAGUUACAGUAGAAUUACUCUGUUAAGAAGAAUGUAACUCAUUCCCAGGCUCAAAUUUGAGUUGAUUUAUGGCGGAAUCACAAAAUUAAAGUCCACCAAUCUCAGUCUUCAUGGUUAGGUUUUCUUUCAAAGCAACCAAGAAAAGAAACAAUCUUGGAUGCUAGCAAAGAAUUAAGUGAAUCAAGAGAACAUCAUUAAAUGCCUGAUUGUUUUUGAGUAUUGAGUUUUGAGCAAAACUCUGAACAAGAACUCUUGGGUUUUGGACAACCAAAUUUAAUAUACUGCUUGUGGGUAAGAAAAUGUUUCUCUCACUUGAAAUAAGUUGUUAAGAUUAACAUAAAAAAACUUAAGGUUUUGUCGUGUAUGAACAAAAGCAGCUGCAAAUGAAAUGGGGUCCAUGAUUAAAAUUUGACCCAGAGUUAAUGAUAAUCAGCCUAGGUUAAAAAAUUUUAAUCUAAAUUUAAUUUUGACCUGUAACAUAUAUUCCAUUUGUGGUUGAUCAUAUUACUAAGAGAUACAGCCGCACAAAAGCUGAUAGAGCCAAGGUCAGAUGAGAAAACAAGGGGGAAGAAUGAAAGAAGGAAAAUAAAAAGUUGUUCUUCUAGAAACUCAGAUCACACCACAUGUGUGUAGCCCACGCACACCACCAGGUACUGUGUGCAGAGGUCCUUCAAUCUCCUUAGAUAAGUCAGGAAGAGGGGGCACCCUUCCUUUUCCUUUCUUAUCUAAGAAGAUCGAACCCUUGAAACCCUCAGUCUACACAACAUUCUGCCAGCUAUGAUAAUAAUUAUCAUGCAAUUACUGCAUUAUUUAUUUAUUUAUUUAUUUAUCUUAUACUGCAAACCCCUUUACUCCAUUAAAAACAUUGCUUGAUGCCAGAAAUUAGCUGCCAGAGCAAAAAUGUAAUGACUACGGUAUAAAAAAUUUCCUCUAAAAACAGUUCUGUACAUGUAAUUGAGAUUCAAUGUAAUCAUAUAUGCUAACUCUCCCGGAUUAUCUGGGAGCCUACUGGAUACGGCACUGAUCUCCCGCUCUCCCGUAUGGGUCACACCAAAUCUCCCGGAUAAAAUGGACUUUUGAGCUUUUCUGUGCUUUUGUUUGAAAUUUAGCCCAUUUUUCCCCCGAAAAUUUGAACAUUUUUUAUUCAUUUUACAGUUUCCGGGAAAUUUCUGCAUGUUUCACUGACAAGAUUAUUUUGUCAUUAAAAUGAUGAAAGCGAACAUUGAUCGCAUGUACUUCAUGUAAGACUUCAUAUAAUGUCCUAAGCUGGGUCGAUUUGUGGACGGCGUGGAGGUGGUGGGGCUGUUGUCAUUCCAGGGAGGGGGGUGUAGUUCAAAAUAGAGAGUCUCCAGAUUUUAGAUCUCCAGAGGUUGGCAUCUCUGUGUAAUUUUUAUGGCAUAUUGUUUAUUUCAGGGAUCAAGUUACUCCUGAUAACCUCUACAUAUUGAUUACCUGUUGUUUGUUGUUCCAGUGGUAGCAAUUAUGUGGGAAUAAGUAUCCCCUUUUCAAGAAUUUUAACGCUGACCAUAUUUUUUGCCGGAAGAAAACAAACUCAUGAAUGGAGACUCACAUCAGUCAUGAUUUUUAGGCUGAGGACUGCAGCAACCAUCUUGUGACAUUUUUUUUCUCUGUAUUUUUUUGUAGGUGGAGAUCAAGGGAGUAGACUUUGAGUCAGCUGAAACUCUCAUUAACUUUGCUUACACAUCACAGCUAACCAUUACAGACUCCAGUGUCCAAAAUUUGUUUCUGGCAGCAGAUUUGCUUCAGUUUAAAUGGGUCAAGGACUCGUGUAUCCAGUUUAUAAUGCAACAGAUUGACAUUGCUAAUUGUGUGGGAGUGAGAGCUUUAGCAGACCGACAUUCUUGUAAAGCUAUGUACGAAGCAGCGACAAGAUAUAUCAUGGAGAACUUCAUCAAAGUGUCUCAAACAGAUGACUUUAAAGUUCUUGGUGCCAGUGAAGUGAUCGAGCUCAUUAGCCGGAGUGAUCUUAAUGUCUGUGAUGAGAUGGAGGUAUUUAAUGCGUGUGUAGCUUGGAUUGAAUAUCACCCUGAGCACAGAAAAUGUCACCUGGCAGAGUUCUUAAAAGCUGUAAGACUUCCUUUCAUUUCAAUGACAAAUCUUCAGAAAGAUGUAGCUGAACAUCCAUUGGUUCAAAAUGAUAUUUACUGCCGAGAUAUUGUGGAGGAGGCUGUUGCUUUUCAUUUUGAACAGGCUGGGAUGAAGAUGAGAGACUCAUAUGCUGAGACUGUUUACAUCCUAGGCGGGGAAACAUCAUUUAUGAAAGAAGUGAAAAGUGUUGAGAGAUACAAUUGUCAAACUAUGCAGUGGGAGAUUGUGAAAUCAAUGACUGAAGCGCGGGCGUCGUUUACCGUAGCAACCUUGCAGGGCAAGUUAUAUGUGAUUGGUGGUUACAGGCGAGGUCGGAAGCUUAAUUCAAUGGAGUGUUACAACCCAACACAAAAUGCCUGGAUAAGUUUAAAGCCAAUGAGCAAAUGCCAGGGUGAUAUGCGGGCUGCUGUUCUUGAUGGGUUUAUUUAUGUGGCAGGAGGAUCCAGUGAGGGGCUGCUGACCUGUAGGUGAGUGGACUCAGUUAAAGGUUCUUGGUUCUUGUUGCCCAUACGGCCGCAGCUUAAAAUGGCAGCAAUAGCCUUGCCAGUACCUAUUUACAUGUAUAAACCUGGAUGUGUGUGCAGUGUAGAUGACUUCAAACAAAUUGAGUAGUAACUAUGUGCAAUUGUCUUUAAAAUUUGUGGUACAAAUAUUUAAACAAUGACAGUCCUCUUUGGUUAACAAAUUCGACCCUUACAAUCUGUUGAUAAAGAUGCCAUCAUCUACCGAUAAGAGCUGUCCAGUGAGUAAGGCUUACAGUAAUAGAACUUUCCUGCAUUCCUGUAAACAAAGAUAACAUACGGCAAGAUUUAAGUUAAUGAUAAUCGUCAAAUCCUUGAUUGUAGCCUGGGAGCAGGCUCGUUUGUGCAAGUUCGAGGAGGCAGAGCUGCCAGCGUGAGUCAGCAAAGCUGGCAACAAGAAUGGGGCAGGGAAAUGUGAGCUAGUAUGCGGGCCAUUGAUUAUUGAAUUUCGCAUCUUUUGAGGUGUCUGGUGUUCCUGUGGCACUAUGGCAGAAAUUUUUGAGCUAUCAUGGGCGACUGAAAAUUAGCCGCCCCUAUUAAUUUUAUCAGGGGCACCUCGGCCGGGAAACUGGACUCCUUCCAACUCAAUUUCGUUUCCGUAACUUUUCGUAAGUGUCGAACGCGGAUCCGUAAUCAAUGAUUACCUCAAGCAUACGCUCCUAAUGGUAUUUUUGAAAUUUCUGCAGCUAUGUUGAACGCUACUCACCCAUCACAGAAAGCUGGCAAGUCAUGUCUAACAUGCAGCGUCAGAGACGUCGUUUUGCUCUGGCUGUGCUGAACAAUCAUAUUUAUGCAGUGGGAGGGUUUGAUGAUAGUAAAGGUGAUCUUAAACAUGUUGAAUGCUACGAUCCAGCCAGCACCACUUGGACAGAGGUAAAACCAAUGCAGUGUUGUAGAUAUGACUUUGGUGCAGUGCCGCUGUCGGGGUACCUCUAUGCGGUAGGAGGAGCAAAUGGAAGGCGGGGCUCACUGAACACUGUGGAACGUUUUGAUCCAGAAACAAAUGAGUGGUCAAUCGUUGCGCCUUUAAAGCAUUGCCGAGGUGGACUAUCCGUCACUGUGCACUGUGGCAAAAUCUUUGCCAUGAAUGGAAUGAAUGAGUACAUGUCUAUCGUGGAUACCACGGAGAGUUAUGAUGAAGUACAAGACCGAUGGAGCAGUCUGUCUGCUUGUACGCACACUGCAAGGUUCAGUGCCGCUGCUAUUGUAUACCGGCCAGUAAUUCCGUUGCACACGAAGAAGAUGAAUCACAGUAAUACUUCGUGUCAUGAUCACAAUGACGGGAAUAGUUAGCCCUGAUUCUUUUCUACCCCUAGAGGGGGGGACUCGCAUAUGAGUCGAACAUGCCUGAUAGGGAAUAGGGAGGGGGAGGAAAAAGCCUCCCAUUUCCCUUCAUUUUAGCCUGCUUACCAGGCGUUAUUUUUUUCGCGUUUUCCAGGCGAGCGAAAGCAAGCGCUAAGCGAGCUAGGAGCACCAGGCAUCCCCGUCAUGCGUGUCUCGUG